GGCCUAGCACAGUGGUUUGCGUUUCCAUUUCAAUCGGCUCCCUCCGGCUCUACAUCUCAGCCCAGUCACCCCCAACACUCAAAGGUACUGAAACUCAUAAGCAUUCAGUAUUUCGCUUGUAAAACCUCUCUCUCUCUCUCUCUCUCUAAACCACUAGUUCUUAUCUGUAAGACUGUAAUCAUUAUCCAAAGAUGAAAGGCAUAGAUAUCCUCUGUAGUUCCCAAGCUUCUACUGCAACAUGUGUUGGCAUGGAUCAAGCUUUGUCCUCCUCCUAUUGCUCAUCUUCCAACUCCAUCCAACUGGGUGGUCGAGCCAUUGAUCGUCACAACCCCAUCAUCAAAAAUCCUUCCAGAUUCCCCUCCAAAGCUCUCGCCACCCCUUCUUCUUCUUCUCACUCACGCCCAGAUCCUUAUCAUCACCACAAGGCUAAGAAGAGCUCUUGUUCAAAGCCAAAAGACAUGCAUAACAAGAGUUCAGCCAAGAGUCAUGACCAAAAGAACCAGAGUAGUGGAGGAAAGCCGAGUGAAAAUAUGAAAGUCAAUUAUUCUUCUAAUCCAAUUAAUAGUAUUCUUAGAAGGAAUUGGGUUAGAGUUAGACCACCUGCGGAUUCAAUGAGUCCUGCUGGUUCAUCCAGAUAUCUGCUGAGUGAUGCUGAUGAUUAUGAACCCGUUUUAGCAUUACCUUCAAGUGAUGACCACAAGUCUCAAGUAGUUCUUCGAGACGAAGCCAGCAUUGCUUCUAAACCCUCGGCUUCUUCUGACCAGGUAGUGGUUCUGAGAGUUUCUCUGCACUGCAAAGGCUGCGUAGGAAAAGUGAGAAAACAUCUCUCUAGAAUGGAUGGAGUGAGUUCCUUCAGCAUAGACUUGGCAGCAAAGAAGGUGACAAUAGCUGGAGAUGUGAAUCCACUGGAUGUCUUGACAAGCGUAUCAAAGGUCAAGAAUGCUCAGUUUUGGCCAGCAUCGGCUGAAACAAAGACAGCAAGUUUGAUCUAGUUGAUGAGGAAUUAGAUGCAAUUAGCGGUGAUGCAAAUAUUAGGAAGCUUAUUUGUAUCCCUGAAGGCGUGUGAGAGGCUGAAUUUUAUUUGGUACUAUUAAAUUAGAUUUGAAAUUAGCUAGGGCAUGGCGCGUUCUCAUAAUCACGUAUGUCCCUGACCCCAAGGUUUUGCUG